CUCGCUUCGGACCCUAAGCCGCUGUCUGCAGGCAUGGAUGCCCAAGACAGAGCAGGGCGGCAUGGCCUGGCAAGUAAGCGCAUAACCCGAAGGGUGUAUGCGAAGAAGCUCGGUGGCCCUCACGCUGGGGGUUUACUUCUGUGGGGCAAGUUCUGGCCCUGGCCUUGUGUGCCCGCUGCUAUUUGCUGGGCCACUUCUUGCGUGGCGAAUAGCCCAAGCUUUCGCACCUUUUGCGUGGCAAGUAUGUAUCUGCUGGCGGUUUUUUUUAUUUAAGUCCAAAGCAAUCCCGGCAGUGAGUGCGGACCCUUCAAAUGCUGCGCCUGCUACAACUUUCAAAGAAACACCUCAAAGGCCGGCGGCGUCAUGCUUGCCGUCGACCUUUGUGGUGUUUCAAAAUCUUGCCACAACAUGCCGGAUGCUGUCGGCAUUUCCGGGUCCUUCAGGCGAUGGCAGCGCCCGGCCACUUUGUCGCGGCUAUACCGGUACGACCCGCCGGCGG